AUGAUCCGGUCGUUUCUCACUCUGCUGGGCGGCGUCGUGUUUAUCUGCCUCAGGGCAAGAGUGCAUGCGUCCUCAGAUGGUUACUUUCAAGUCAUUGAAAGACUUGCUUCUAUUCCUUAUGGCUGGGCUCAGGGACCUGCUCCGGAUAAAACCACGGUCCUCAGAUUCAAGCUGGCUGUGCAUCAGGAAAAACAAACCAUCUUUCACCAAAAUGUUUUGGACCUUUCCACCCCAGGCCAUCCCCGUUACGGCAUGCACAUGAAAAGAAAUGAGGUCGAGAGCUUCUUACGCCCCCGUUCUGAAAUAUCUGACCAGCUUCUCUCUUGGCUUGCCACUGGAGGGCUCAGCCGUGAAAAGGUCAAAGAAAACGGGGCCUGGAUCAGCUUUGAUGCCACUGUCGGACAAGUAGAACGUCUCCUGAACACGCGUUUCUACUAUUUCAUCGACAAGAAACACAAAGAUUAUAAAAUCCGCACACUUGAAUAUUCCGUUCCCGCAUCCAUUGCUCCAAAUGUGCACAUGAUCCAGCCAACCACAAUGUUUGCCAGACUUCAGCCACAGAGGUCGACUAUCAUGAGGACUCCUCCGCUGGCUUCUGAUAACAGCACAGACGGUGGAGCCGAAAAUUGCACCACAAGAAACACCCCUUCUUGCCUGCGCAAACUAUACAACUUUGAGGAUUGCAAAGUGGCAAAUGAAGUUGCUAACAAGGUUGGUGUCUCCGGUUACCUCGAGCAAUAUGCCCAAUACAAGGACCUCGAAAAAUUCCUGACCACUUACGUCCCCGAUGCCGUGGGAUCCAACUUCUCCGUCCAAUCCAUCAACGGUGGCCUCAAUGAGCAGGACUCCGUCAAAGAUUCCAUUGAAGCGAACUUGGACAUUCAGUACGUCAUUGGUCUCUCACCCACGUCAAAUGUGACCUACUACACGACUGCAGGGCGUGGGAAGCUCAUUCCAGACCUCGACCAACCAAACAUGGACAGCAAUUCCAAUGAACCAUACCUCGAGCAACUACUUUUCCUCCUCGCCCUGCCAGACGAGGAUCUCCCCACAGUCCUCUCCACGUCAUAUGGAGAAAACGAGCAAAGCAUCCCAGCCAAAUAUACGGAAUCAGUGUGCAGUCUAUUCGCGCAACUGGGUGCCCGAGGCGUCUCUGUAAUAUUCAGCAGCGGCGAUACUGGAGUGGGCAGUGCCUGUCAGUCGAACGACGGGAAGAACACCACCACCUUCAAUCCCAUCUUUCCUGCGUCCUGUCCUUUUGUAACGUCCAUCGGCGCCACGGAAGGCAUCAACCCCGAGAAAGCAGUAUAUUUCUCUUCAGGGGGAUUUUCUGAGCGGUUCGACAGACCUGCAUACCAAGAGGAGGUAGUCCAGGACUACCUUGAUAAGCUUGGAAACCGGUGGGAAGGGCUGUAUAAUCCAAAGGGACGCGGGUUCCCCGACAUUGCUGCCCAGGGCGUGCACUAUGCCGUAUUCGAUAAGGGACAGGAGAUUGCUGUUGGCGGGACAAGUGCAUCUGCCCCAACUAUCGCAGCCAUAAUCUCCAACCUAAACGCCAUCCGCAUCUCGCAAAACAAGUCAGUACUCGGCUUCCUCAACCCUUGGAUAUACAGCUCUGGCUUCCAGGCAUUCACAGACAUCACGGACGGAGGUUCCACGGGCUGCACUGGAACAGAUAUGUACUCCGGGCUCCAAACUCCUUUCGUGCCAUAUGCUAGCUGGAAUGCGACGCCCGGGUGGGAUCCAGUUACGGGAUUUGGAACACCGAACUUUAAGAAGUUGGUGAAAUUGUUACCCGAGGAUGGCUAUCCGAACACGGAAAAGGGAGAUGAGGCUUAA